AUGGACGGAACCACAGCUGUCCCAAACAUGGAGAAACACGAUCUCCGCAUCGUCGAGAGCUUUGACGCGACCGUGGGCAUGAAGUUUGCUGAACGCCACCAGAUCGUAAUGGCCGAGGUCUUAAAAUCUGAGGCGAUUAAAUAUAUUUCAGCUUCGACAGAAGCAGUUUUAUCUACUCAUCAAGGUGACGAUGGCGAAAUUGAUGAUCAAGGUCGCUACGUCUCUGGCAAACGACGAGAACACAAUGCCACUCAGUACCCAUCCCGACCACCUCUAGGCAGCGAAUUAAAUUGUUGGUCGCAUCGGGACAACACUGAAUAA